CUUGGUCGCUCUGUGCCUUUAAAAUAGCAUGUCGUAGAGUGUUGAGAAAGUUAGGUGCCCCUAACUCUCUUCCCUACAAAUAAAGUGCCCUGUUGAAAGGUUCUUCGAGACCUCGAUCCCGAUAAACAUCGAAGUGAGAGGUCUCCACUUCUUCUUUUUUUUUUGGCUCCAUUAGUAAACAGCAAAGGCUCUUUCCACAAGAAGAUGUCAAGAUAUCUGAAGCAGUACGAGAAGGAGCACAUGAAGAUGGCCAUGCUGAAGCAAGAAGAGACAUUCAAACAGCAGGUACAAGAACUGCACCGGCUGUACCGGGUUCAGAAGCUACUGAUGACGGACGCAGCAAACACAAUGCCCGCCAUCAGAUGCAACCUUGAAGACGAGAGGCGUGCCACGGAGAACGACGCAGGCUCAAGCAAAUCAUGGGACGCCUACUCAGAGCAGACGAAGGCCGCUCCCCUUGUUCUUCAAGACAGCGAGCUAGAGUUGAAGCUGGCUCUAGGAUGUUUCGGAACGGCGGAAAAGACGGCGGCAAAGAAGGAGACGUCGUCUAGCGUGGAUUCCAGGACGAGCAUUUCGUCGUCGUCGAUGGAGUCCGGUAGCCCCGACUCCAGGGUCCUGCCUCCUCCAUCUCUGAUCGGGUCGGCGGGGGCGAAGCCUAGCGCUAGUGUUGGGCAGCAUCUGGAGCAGGAAGGGCUCCAGCAGCCUCCUUGGCUACACAAGUGCCUGAAUUUGGCACGAUAGGAUUAGUUCCGUGUCUCACACUGUAUUCGCUGUAUCCACCCUUCUGUUUCUCUUGUCCACUAAAAAACUUACGUCGCUCUCCUCUUCUCUGU